UGCUCGGAACCUUUCUUUUCUGAGAUAUUUUUCACCCGGCAGGUUAUAGAGGAGCCCAUUGUGGGAUGUCGGCUGGAAGGUCUGAUGAGAGCUGAGUGGCUAUACAAAAGUAAAGCUCAGCUUCCAUGGAUGAGAGGAAGAUGAAACGGCGGAGUCCCAAAUCCUCCACUAGUCACCCUCCUCCACUCAUUAAUUCCAAGAAGAACUCUGUCCCACUUAGCAAAAGCACUGGGUUCUCAAAUGCUGUGCCACAGCCAGCUGCGCAAAAACCAAAGUUGAAAAGAAUCAUUAAAGAGAAAUCAAAAUCUCAGGGAGAGAGUAAAGGUGCUUCAUCGGCUCCCAUUCAGCACUCGUUCCUUACAGAUGUGUCAGAUGUACAGGAGAUGGAGAAGGGACUUCUUAGUCUACUCAAUGACUUCCACUCUGGCAAACUUCAAGCUUUUGGCCAUGAAUGUUCAAUUGAACAGAUGGAACAUGUUCGUGGAUUGCAGGAGAAGCUGGCUCGUCUUCACCUAGAGCUAUAUGGUGAAUUGGAGGAAAUGACAGAAGACAAGCGCAAAAUUGCUAGUGAUUCCAACCUUGACCGACUUCUUUUUGAUCUUGAAGAGCUGAAUUCAUCUAUACAAAAGCUUCACUUAGCAGAUGUUCAGGAUAUCCCCAAAACAACAACAAACUGAAGAAACACCAACAUCUCCUGUUAUGUGUUUUUUCUUUUUCUAAACUAUAUUAUUUUUUUUUCUUUGUCUGCUAACAGUAUUCUAAACAAUUUGUAAUCUUGAGCUUCUUUAUUAUGUGAUAUGUUUACUUCUUCUAUACCUCAUACUUUCACAUUUGUGAAUGAAAUGAAUGUUUUUUUGAUGCUUCCAUUCCCAGGCUGAAGAAUUAUGUGGGGUGUGUGCAGUAACCUGAGCCUGUUUCUGUGAUCCAUUUGUAGCCAAGGUGUCAGUAAGGGUGUCUGCUGACAUAAGAGACGCUUUGCCAGAUGCAGUUGUUCUGGGUGGGUUAAGGAGAUGAUUAUUUGUUGUAAGCAUUCCUUUGCCCUGAUUCCUCAAGCUGCACUAUCACUUAAGUGUUAAAUAGUGCUCAACGUGGUAAUAAACCCCAAAGUAUAAAUGUAAUUUAUUGCAGCUUACCAAUCCUUACAUGUGGUGGCUGCAUUUGUUUUCUUUUUUUUGGUUUGUCGGGCCAGUAACAUGCUUUCUGUCAUAAGGUGUCUCUAUGCUACUGGAGGAGAUCGGACCAGUAACACGCUUUCUGUCAUGAGGUGUCUCUAUGCUACUGGAGGAGAUCGGGCCAGUAACAUGCUUUCUGUCAUAGGGUGUCUCUAUGCUACUGGAGGAGAUCAGGCCAGUAACAUGCUUUCUGUCAUAGGGUGUCUCUAUGCUACUGGAGGAGAUCGGACCAGUAACACGCUUUCUGUCAUGAGGUGUCUCUAUGCUACUGGAGGAGAUCGGGCCAGUAACAUGCUUUCUGUCAUAGGGUGUCUCUAUGCUACUGGAGGAGAUCGGACCAGUAACACGCUUUCUGUCAUGAGGUGUCUCUAUGCUACUGGAGGAGAUCGGGCCAGUAACAUGCUUUCUGUCAUAGGGUGUCUCUAUGCUACUGGAGGAGAUCGGGCCAGUAACAUGCUUUCUGUCAUAGGGUGUCUCUAUGCUACUGGAGGAGAUCGGGCCAGUAACAUGCUUUCUGUCAUAGGGUGUCUCUAUGCUACUGGAGGAGAUCGGACCAGUAACACGCUUUCUGUCAUGAGGUGUCUCUAUGCUACUGGAGGAGAUCGGGCCAGUAACAUGCUUUCUGUCAUAGGGUGUCUCUAUGCUACUGGAGGAGAUCAGGCCAGUAACAUGCUUUCUGUCAUAGGGUGUCUCUAUGCUACUGGAGGAGAUCGGGCCAGUAACAUGCUUUCUGUCAUAGGGUGUCUCUAUGCUACUGGAGGAGAUCGGGCCAGUAACAUGCUUUCUGUCAUAGGGUGUCUCUAUGCUACUGGAGGAGAUCGGGCCAGUAACAUGCUUUCUGUCAUAGGGUGUCUCUAUGCUACUGGAGGAGAUCGGGCCAGUAACAUGCUUUCUGUCAUAAGGUGUCUCUAUGCUACUGGAGGAGAUCGGGCCAGUAACAUGCUUUCUGUCAUAGGGUGUCUCUAUGCUACUGGAGGAGAUCGGGCCAGUAACAUGCUUUCUGUCAUAGGGUGUCUCUAUGCUACUGGAGGAGAUCGGGCCAGUAACAUGCUUUCUGUCAUAGGGUGUCUCUAUGCUACUGGAGGAGAUCGGGCCAGUAACAUGCUUUCUGUCAUAGGGUGUCUCUAUGCUACUGGAGGAGAUCGGGCCAGUAACAUGCUUUCUGUCAUAGGGUGUCUCUAUGCUACUGGAGGAUCAAUGGAAAUGCCUUUGGACAGCAACAUUGUCAAUCUGGGGAGAGUAUAGUGUUGGAUGCACUAGCAGAUUUAGAUGGACUUCCGGAAAUUCUUUUUUUUAAACAGCUACAUUUUCCCCUUUAGGAUAAAGGUUUUACAUAAAAAAAAAAUGAUUUGUCUCAACCCUCUGACACUUUUGUGGGACAGCUUGGUCUUCUAAAGGAAGCUGAAAAAUAACAGAUUUACUUUUAGGAUUAACAGGUGAAAAAUGCAGCCAUUACAUCUAAGAAUUGGUAAGAUGCAAUAUAAUACAUUUUUGUCUUUGGGUAAAAAACAUUUAAAGGUAUACCAAAAUUCCAUACAGUAAAAUUGGUUGAGAGGCUGCUUUAGCAUGCCCACAGUGCACUUUAUGGCAUCUUAAAUGCUGUAUAUAUUUAGCACGAUGAAUUGGGACUCUUGACCCAUUUUGGGGGAAGGUCGGUCGGUCUGCCAGCUUGGCUUUUCCUACUGUUGCUCUCCAAAACAGAUCAGCGCUGAGGUAAACUGGCAGAGUGCUCACCUGCCUCCUCUAUCAGCACAAACUUGAACAUCAACCAUAGUGAAUGUGCAUUGAUCAUUUAUAAGUAAAUAGGUUUUGGGGCCAGCCUGUGCCAUCUUGUAUCUGUAGCUACCUUUUAAGCUGGGUACACACUGCAGUUUUUUUUUUUCAUGCAACCUGCCGGUCAGAGCCACUUUACUAAUCGUGCAAGGCUAAUUCAGCGAUCUCCCCCACUGAGCUCUCCGAUCAGCGCUUUCUCCCAUUGGCUGAGAUCGCUGAUCGGGAGUUAGUCGGCUGCUGGUUUUCCAGCAUGCAUAUCCGACAGGAGCCGGACGAAUAGCCAGCUUCUAUUGGACAAACCGACAUACACACGGGCUGAAUGAUGGCCAGUUUAUUUUAUCUGAACCGGUCGUUGUCUCCCGACAUUUGGCCUGUGUGUAGGGGGCUUUAGGUUCACAAGCCCUGGUGAAGGUGUGGGUGCAUGGCAUUUCAUAAUCACAUCAAUCCUCAUUCAUUGAAGUGUCUUAAGGUUCAUUUAUGUUGUUGAUGGGAUUCCUUUGUCCCUCUGAUAGUGUGCUAUGAGUUAAUAAAUUUGCUAUAGGCAAAAGAGCUUGCUUUUAAGGCACUGAAAUUAUAAAUCGCACUUAGCAUGACUAUGUAAUCACAAUAUAGAUUUUUGUUGGCAGAAAGGUUAGUCUGGUUAAAAACAUGACUACUUUUUAUUGCUGCUUCUAUAGGAUUGGGAAGUGGGGUUAAACAAAUGUUUUUGAAAUAAGAACUCUUGAUUAACAAGAAUGUAGAUGAUUGUUUUAAAAUGUGAAGCUGUUAAAAUCAUAUGAACUAUAUAACCUUAUUACUUAAGCCGUCCAUAGAUGGAGUGAUUUUCUUUCCUGCAGGCUCGGAUUGCAGGAAAAAAAUUUGCUAGAUUCCCCCAUGAACACAAUCAGCGUUGAUGGGGGAAUCCCUCCCGCAGAGCCAUUGUGUUCUCCCAGCGGCGGGAGUCAUCCCAGUCGGGAGAACACAAAGCGAUUAUUGCCAGCGGCUAUAGCCGCUGGCAAUAAUUGCAUGAAGAAUCUGACAAGCUGCUUGUACCAAAGUUGAUCAGUCGGUCAACUUGGGUACAAUCAGCCUGCCCAUACAUGGUUGGAUUCGAACAGUCUAUGGCUGGCCUUUUGACUUGUAUCUCUAGGCAAAUCAUGUUUUAGUUUUGAAUAUAGUGGGGAAGGAAAGGGUUAAAUCUUUUUAGCUUCUAUUAAGGCGUUGCUGCUGUUGAUGAGAUUUUCUUUCUCUUCCUGUGCUGGUGACAAUGUUUUUCCAGAGCAGGAAGUAAGAAAAAAUCUCAGCAAGGUCCGAGAACCCCCCCAUCCACACACACACACACCUUUUCCUUUUUUUAAAAGGAAUGUGGUAAAGCUCGAACCCCUGUAUAGUGUAGUUUUUGUUUCCUGUUGCAGAUUUUUCCUCCCUUUCUGUCUGGUGACAACAUUGCGACUGGGAAGUGAAAAUAAAUCUCCUAAACAGGGCCUCAAAUAUGUAUCAGACGGAAGUUAAUCACUCUAAAGCUGAAAGAAUUAACUGGUGUCACAUUUUUGAAAUUGUAUUGACUCUUGGAAGCUGAUUUUUUCCCCCCCCCUGUUUUCAAAUAUGACCUAUCUAAUCAUUUCUUUUUUAUCUUUAAAUUCUUCCCUCUGUCUGGCAUUAUAGGUAUGGGGGCAUCCGUGCGGGCUCGCUCCCAAGCUGCUCUGUCUGCUCACUCAGCACAGCAUUUGAUUGGCAGCAGUGGGAGCCAAUGGCUCCCGCUGCUAUCAAUCUGCCCAGGGAGGAGAGACAGCAGCGAGAGCCGCUACUCUCAUGUACAUCACUGGAUCAGAUCGAGCUCAGGUAAGAAUAAAGGGGGGGGGGGGGACUGGGGGAGAUCCUGCAGAACAGAACGUUUUUCACCUUAACGCAUAGAAUGCAUUAAAGUGAGAAAAAAAACUUAAGGCUUUAGAACCACUUAAAGGUUCUUCAGUUAUUUAUUAUGCCGGUUUUAGUAGAUUGUGUCUAACAAAGUUCUUUAGCCUGCCAGAGCAAUAAUAAUGCUUGAAAAGUGAGACAACUUGGGUCUACCAUUCCUCUGAAAAAUAAAAUGCAUAAACUUGUCUAAAAUGCUCAGUAUUUGUUGUGCAAAUAUCUACUGUAUUUCUCGUUCUAACAUGUGAAUACUCUCAGUGAUCAAAACUUGAUGCUUAUAUUGUUCAAAUGAUGCUUGUACUGUUUGAUCCAGUUGGGUUAUGCCAUUAUGUGUUUACUCCUUUACUAUUUUAUUGAUCUAUUUUUUUUUUUUUUCGACAAUCAAAGAUCUACUGAAUUUGCUCUGUGUGUGUGUGCGUCUUUUGUUCGUUAUUUGUAUGAAUGGGCUGUUUGUUUUUAUACAAAGAGCAAGAUACUCAUUGUGUAUAUAACUUGUACAUGCAAGCUGAAAUUAUAUUUUUAUGUCAUUGCUUCAAACUCCUUAUGGCGAGAGAGAUUUUUGUGGCAAUAUUUAAAUACAUAUUGGUGGUUGCAUGAUUAAAUGACUUACAUUUGUGUUCACAACCAAAUAAACGCCUAUUGCAUAUUUA